GAGGGGUCGUGAUGCAUGGUAACAAGCCAGAAUAGGAGCAGGUGUUUCAGGAUUCACAAAUUCGCAGUACUGCAUGGACUCUGCGGAGGUAACGGAGGCUCUUGUCUCUGGUGAACUGCGCCUAACCGGCAGGCAGCUCCCAGAGGUGCCGCAGCUCGUGUUCGCAUGCUGUGGACUACAGCUACUGGACAUAUCUGCGAAUUGCCUCACAACCUUGCCGGCUGUGAUAUCUGAGCUCAAAAGCCUCACCUUCUUGGACGUGUCAUUUAACCAGCUGCGCGAGCUGCCUGCUGCCGUGGGCGCCCUGACUUGCCUCACCUGCCUGAGGGCGCAGUACAACCAGAUCGAGCGGAUCCACCCGCAGGCCCUGCCCGCCAGCCUAGUCGAGCUUCACCUGGGCGACAACGCGCUGCGGCAGCUGCCCGCCCCGCUGCCCGCCCUGCCCCGUCUCACGCACCUGGACCUGCGCUUCAACCGGCUGAGCCACCUCCCUCCGCAGCUGGGGCGCCUGGCAGGCAGCCUGCGUAGACUGGGGCUGGAGGGCUGUCCG